UAGUAACUUUCUGUAACCCAGCUAAUAUUUAUCUCAUUUCACUUUGCGUUACCGGUAAGGAAAGACGCAAAUCACUAUUAAACUGGCUUCGUAAUAUACGUUUAUUACUUGGCCGGAUUUCUUUAUUACGGUAGAUGCUACUGUAAGGACUUGGCACGAAACAGGACAACCCCAUCAUGCAGCAGCAGUCAGUAAUGGAAGAGGGAACGGCCUAUGAGCCACCUACUUAUGAUGAGACAUUCCCAGUUCUUCCUGAGUCAACCAGUUCAAGUUCAGGGAAAUUAAAUAUUUUCUCUAUAAAUAACAAUUUACAACUUGGACGUAUAACUAUUACUCAGAUGUUUCGUGUACCUGGUGAGGAACGAAAAUUUGAUCAUAGUGACAAAUUUGGAGAACGAGAAUCUAUACGUACAUGUAAAACAAUAAUGAAAGAAACAAAUACUAUUAUUGAAAUAGCAACAUCAAAAGAUCAAUCUUUAACAUUCCUAAUAACUGGUAAACAAAAUCAAGUGCUUGAAGCAAAACGUAGAAUUUUAACAACGUUUCAGACUCAGGCAAGUAAACAAAUUAGUAUUCCUAAGGACCAUCAUCGUUGGAUUCUUGGAAAACAGGGACAGCGUUUAAAAGAUCUAGAAAAGACAACUGCAACAAAAAUAAAUGUUCCAUCUGUACAAGAUCAAUCAGAUAUAAUAACAAUUACAGGAACUAAAGAAGGAAUAGAAAAGGCUGAACAUGAAAUUAAAGUAAUUUCAGAUGAACAAUCAAGAAAAGCAUUUGAAAGAAUAUCUGUGCCAAAAAUUUAUCAUCCAUUUAUACAUGGUGCAUACAAUGAGAAUCUCAAUGCCAUGAUGGCAGAAACUGGUGCUCGAAUUAAUAUUCCUCCUGCUCAUUCACAAGAAGAUGAAAUUACGAUUGCUGGUGAAAAAGAAGGUGUUGCAGCAGCAAAACAAAAAAUUGAAGCCAUUUAUAAAGAUAUGGAAAAGAGAUGUACAACAGUGUCAGUUGAAGUUCCAAAAUCUCAACACAAGUAUGUUAUUGGUCCACGAGGUAGCACAAUAGCAGAAAUCUUACAAGUAACUGGUGUCAGUGUAGAAAUGCCUGCAUCAGAUUCCCCAACAGGAACUAUUACUCUUCGUGGACCUCAAGAAAAACUUGGUCAAGCAUUAAAUAAAGUAUAUGAAAAAGCAAAUAGUGUUCGUACAGCUGUAGUGAAAGCACCUGUUUGGAUUCAUAAAUACAUUAUCGGUAGAAAAGGUGUUAAUAUUAAACGUAUUACACAAGAAAUGCCAAAAGUGAAUGUAGAAUUUACUGGAAAAGAAGAUAAAAUUAAAAUCGAGGGUCCUCCUGAAGAAGUGGAAAAAGCACAAAAUGAGCUUCAAUUAAUGGCUACUGAUCUUAUAUCUAAGCUUACUUUUACGGAAUUAAAUGUUGAUCCUAGAUUUUAUAAACAUAUAAUUGGAAAAAAUGGAUGUAAUGUAAAUCGUGUAAAAGAAGGGACAGGAGUUGUAAUUAAUAUUUCUGAAAAUGAUGGAAGUAAUGUGAUUCGUAUUGAAGGAAAUCUUGCUGGUGUACUCAAAGCUCAAACGGAAUUAGUAGAAAUGGUAAAAAAAUUGGAAAAUGAAAAAGAAAAAGAUGUAAUAAUAGAUCAUCGUUAUUAUCCUAGUAUUAUUGGAAAUAAGGGAGAUAAUAUCAAAGAAAUUAGAGAUAAGUUUAAUCAAGUACAGAUUACUAUUCCUGGUCCAGGUGAAAAAGGAGAUAUUGUAAAAAUUAGAGGACCUAAAGAAGAUGUAGACAAGUGCCAUAAGUAUUUAAUGAAAUUAGUAAAAGAACUAAAUGAAAAUAAUUAUGUCUUAGAGGUACCUAUUUUUAAGCAAUUUCAUAAGUUUGUCAUUGGAAAAGGUGGAGUUAAUAUUCGUAAAAUCAGAGAAGAAACACAAACUAAAAUUGAUUUACCUGCUGAAGGCGAAAAAAGCGAUGUUAUAACUAUCACGGGCAAAAAGGAAAACGUGGAGAAAGCUAAAGAAAUGAUUCAAAAAAUACAAAAUGAAUUAGCCAAUAUUAUUACUGAUGAGAUAGUAAUACCACCGAAAUUUUAUAAUUCUCUUAUUGGUACUGGUGGAAAAUUAAUUCAUUCUAUUAUGGAAGAUUGUGGUGGUGUUGCAAUUAAAUUUCCUACAGCAGAGAGUCGAAGUGAUAAGGUAACUAUUAGAGGGCCUAAAGAAGAUGUUGAAAAAGCGAAACAACAAUUGCUUGAACUAACAAAUGAAAAGCAAUUGUCCAGUUAUUCAGCUGAAGUACGUGCCAAAGUACAACAUCAUAAAUUUCUUAUUGGAAAGAAUGGUGCUAAUAUUAAAAAAAUAAGAGAAUCCACAGGAGCACGUAUUAUAUUUCCAACAGAAGAUGAUCAAGAUAAAGAAGUAAUUACAAUAAUGGGAAAAAAGGAAGCUGUUGAAAAAGCUAAAGCUGAAUUAGAAGCUACAAUUAGCGAAAUUGAUAAUAUUACUGAAGGUGAAAUUCGUAUCGAUCCGAAGCAUCAUAGACAUUUUGUAGCUCGAAGAGGAGGUGUAUUACAUCGUAUAGCAGAUGAAUGUGGAGGAGUACAAAUUUCAUUUCCACGAGCUGGUGUUGAUAGUGAUCGUGUAAUUUUGAAAGGAUCACAUGAAUGUAUAGAAGCAGCAAAACAACGGAUGCGUGAAAUUGUACAAGAAUUGGAAUCAAUGGUAACAGAAGAAUGCAUAAUACCUCAAAAACAUCAUCGUACAGUAAUGGGAGCAAAGGGACGUAAAGUGCAAAUGAUUACAUCUGAAUAUGAUGUACAAAUUAAAUUUCCUGAUCGGGAUACAUAUGAUGAACAACGUGUAGUAGAACAAAUGAAUGGUGAAAAUGGCGAAAUUUCCGAAACUGUUCCAGCUUGUGAUAUUAUUCGUAUCACAGGACAACCAGAGAAUGUUGCAGCUGCUAAACAAGCAUUGCUUGAUCUUGUACCAAUUACAAUAGAAGUAGAGGUACCAUUUGAUCUUCAUCGCUCUAUAAUAGGACAAAAAGGUCGUGAUGUGCGAGAAUUAAUGAAUACAUAUGAUGUUCAUAUCAUGUUAUCUCCAGCGGAAGAAAAACUUGAUUAUAUUAAGAUUUCUGGAACACCAUCAUGUGUUGAAAAUGCAAAACAAGCCAUUCUUGAUAAGUGUAAAGCUUUGGAAGCUGAACGACAAGAUAGAGCUUUGAAAUCAUUUGAAUUGAAGAUUGAAGUUGAUCCAGAAUAUCAUCCAAAAAUAAUUGGACGGAAAGGAGCCGUGAUUAAUAAAAUACGUAGCGAUCAUGAUGUUCAAAUUAAUUUUCCACGUAAAGGUGAUCCUGAAGAACAUAUCAUUACAAUCACUGGUUACGAAAAAAAUGCUUGUACUGCAAGAGAUGAUAUUAUGAAAAUUGUUAAUGAAUUAAAUGGCUUGACGAAAGAAGAAGUACAUAUAAAUGCUGCUGUACAUUCGCGUUUAAUUGGUUCGAAAGGUAGAAAUAUUCGCAAAAUAAUGGAAGAAUUUAAAGUGGAUAUUAAAUUUCCAAGAAAAACCGAUCCUGAUCCUAAUAUUGUAACAAUUGUUGGUACAGAAGAAAAUGUAGCUGAUGCUAAAGAUCGUUUGUUGAAUUUAGAAGAAGAAUAUAUUCAAGAUGUUUUAGAAAAUGAAUAUCGCGAAAAUUUGCGUUCACCUCAACGAGAUGAAAGAAAUUCUGGAAAUUCGGGCUUUGUAGUAAAAGGAGGACCAUGGGAACAGCAACAGCAAAGUGCUCCAAAUACUGCUAGUGUUGAAGAAUUUCCACAAUUUGCUGGAUAUUCUCACGUACCUGUGACUAAUCCUGAUGGUCCUUGGGGUGUGAAACGUUAAUAUUUAUAUAGAGUAAAAGUCAAUGAAACAUAAGAUAAACAUAAUAUAUGAACUUUCCUCUGACAAACAAUACAGAAGGGUACACACAUUAGUGCUAGGUGGUUCCCUGUUCCAUUACUGAUGUUGCUGCAUACGACCUGGCCAUUCUAUUGGACUCUGAUACUGGUUUACUACAUAACAUUUGACGAUGGUGUUUAUAUUUACAGUUCAUAUACUAAUUAUCUAUGUAUCUGUAACUGUAACGCAUGAUUUUAAGUUGAUUGCCAUGUUAGAAAUAUUCACACAUACAGUCAGACGCAAAUUGUGCGUAAUUUCAUUCACAAAAAAACAUUUGAUUUCUUCAUAACUUUUAAUUCUGCUAAUAUGCCUUUCAGGUACAGAUAUGUUGUACUUAAGACUGUGGCUUCUCUUGUAGGAACUAAUUUUUUGUGUAUAUUAUAUAUUUCCCAGAUUGUCUCUAUUCGUAUAGAUUGCGUGGCUGAAUGCGUUUGCGUUUAACCAAGCAUAUUUUGUUAAUUUAUUUAUAUUUUUUGUACAUAUAAAUUGCAUUUUUUUGUUAUGUUGGACUAAGUGGAAUUGUUUCUGAAUUACAUUAUGAUGAUAUUAGAGUCUAUACAAAUUUUUUGCAAAAUGUGAAGCUUUAAGGUCUUUCUAAGGAAAACGUUCCUAAGUAUAAUUUUCCUGCUUUUUUAUAGCUAGUAUAAUUAAUAAGAUCGCUUUAUGCUCUUGAAAUUGCAAUGUGCUAUAAAGUGAACAAAUUUGCCAAUAAAAGAUAGUUGAUCAUGUAUAUUAUUAAAUACUGGACUUAAGAAAAGCAGAAAUUAGUGAUUAUAUAAUGUAUAUUGGAGGAACAUAAUCUUUAGAAGGCCUUGCUAUUUUUGUACUGCUUUUAUGCAGUCAUUAAAGACCAGAUAUGAAAUCAUUGGCAUCAUUAAAAGAAAAGAAUCAUGGAUAUUUAUAAUGCAAGUGAUAUGUCGUAUUCUUUGAAUAGCUGAUUUUAUUUAUUCUUUCUAUUUUACUGUUUGCUGUAUGAUGUGCAAAUUUUUGCA